CACACCAAACAGGGAGAUACUGCCGAAAUUGGAAAAUGGGCGAUCCCACGGCACCAUCGCUUCGGGUCCGCAGGAGUUCGCCCAUGCUCCUGCUGAUGCUCGGAGGCGGGAGAACUUUUGCGCAUUGAGGACGAUACCUGCUCGUGCUCUGCCCCGAAAUUGCCUUUGCCGGAGUCGCGAGUCGGUCUCCUUCACCUGUGUUGCUGGGGCGGACAAACCGGGAUUGUGAGAGGAUAACUGGAAGAGCCAUGUUUACUCUCGUCGGGAGGUUCUUCUCAGUUUUGUGGGGGGCGUCGAGGCAUUCUUUGGUUCACCACAAGAAUAUUGCUGGAUACGAUCCAAGGCCGGAGUUCUCCUGCUUUUCAAUAGCAAAUAUCAUGCCUUAGUAGUUCCUCCACAUUUAGGAGACUUUGUAGGAUCAGUCAUCAUCGAUGUCACCUUCAUCUUUUUGUAAUUAAUCGGUAGUACAACAUUCCAAGCAUGGCAUUUGAACAGCCGUUCAAAAAGCGGCGACGUUAUGAGACCUUGAUUACAGAUGUGAAGCCUGUAGUGCAGCACCUUGGGAAGUCGUCUCCAAACGCACUUGCAGAAGAAGCGGAGGGGACGCCGCGAGCCAAGAAACAGGAACGUAGAAGCAAUGAGGAGGGCCAGCUGCCCUCAGGACAAGACCUGGGACUCGAGGACAAUUUGAAGAAGAAGAGAAAUAGGGAGGAGAUUGGAAGUAUUUAUAAAGCCUACAGCAAGCUGAAGUCUUGUCUUAUCUCGGUGGAAAAACCCGAGGUGAGAUUUGAUCGCAAGCUCGAAAUGGAGGCUGCUUAUCAAUCUAUGCUUGAGCUCUCUAAUGGAUGCGUCAGUGUGCGUCGAAUCGCUGCUGAGCUCAUACCCCGCUAUGCGUGGCUCUGUCCGUCUGCUCUUGAAGCAGCGGCAAGGGCAACUUUGCACCUUUGUGAGUGGAGUAGUAAUUUGGUUCGGCAAGAUCGCGAUAAAGAUGGUGUUGUAGGGGAGAUUGCCAAGGCCUGUUUCGAUGGUUUAGUAGAACUUUCAAAUGCAGCUGUGACAACCUCCGAACAGUCCAGCAUGGUAGCUGUUUGCCGGGAUAUAGCUCUAUACCUAUUUCGACAAUUGAACCGUAAGGAGCUCGAUGUCGAUCCCGUCGGGAUGAUAAGCAAACCCACCAGUGAACUUGGUGGCAGUGACAGGUUAGGAAAACUCGUGAGCUUGAGCUUGUACAGAGUUUUCUCCGUAGAUCCCGAGGGUGUGUUAACCGCUUGUUUCGAUCUUUUGAGGUCUUCAGUCUCAGACACCCGGCGGGAGGGCCUUCAUUUCUUGACGCAGAUAAUGAAGCCCAUAGACGGUGGAUCUCCCGCUCUAUCAGGUGGAGGUGAAAAUGCUGCGGCGGCUACUCCCGACGCAGAAGAAGCUGUUGAUAAUGAUGGUGCUUCUAAAGUUCCAGUGCAAAGACAGACGUUGGUGACGAAGGUAGUCCAUCCAAAGCCUGCGCUUGAGAGAUGGCUUGUAUCAGCUGUACGCCAUUUUAGGCGAACAGUGAGUCGGGAUGUCGUUGCCCAGGUUCUUCCUGUUCUACUUUCUCUACUUAAAAGCUUGCAUACGUUUUCGCCAUCUGAUUUAGAGCUAGAAGUUGAAACAAAAGAAGACGAGAAAACAGCAAAGCAAAGGGGUAGAAAUCCGCAUGAUGUUAGUCAUUCGAAGGUGGAACAGGUAUCUGCUCCGCAAUCAGAAGGGCGAUGGAGAAGUGGACGAUCUAGUGAUGUCAGGAUAGAAAAGUCUAAUCAAGUGGAAGGUGACGGCUGGACUAGAGACCAGGAUCAAGGCGCCGCUAUAUUUAAGAAGGAGCCCUCCGUCCCAAUAUAUACUAAAGUAGAGGAGCUAAUUAAUUCCUGGGACGGUCAUAGGCGCUCUGGAAGAGCAGGAAGUUCAAGGGACCAUGAGAAGUUCUCAACUGUCGACGAAGAAGUACGGAUAAACAGGGAGAAAGAGAGCGGUGCCGUUUCAAGGAAAGACGUAAAUUCAGAUAGUUCAUGGCCUAACAACUGGAAAACAGGAAAACCAGGGGAAGCAAGGGAAGCAGAGAAAGUUUCGAUCAAUGAUGGGGAAGUACCGUCAAGAUCCAAGGAUCACAGCAGUGGAACGUCUACUGGCACGGUGCUUGGAGUCCCUAGAAGAGAUCUAACAGUCAAUGUUACUUCUGCACUCCCCUCGUCGCUGCAACCCUCAACGCCACAAUCCCAAGUUACUUCUCCGAGUCCAGGGCAGAGUGGAGAUGUUGAUCAGACUGCAAUGGAUGUGUUUGCUGCGAGUCAGUACCUUUUUGUGGGAUCAAUAGGACAGACAACUAGUGAGCUCCAGCUGAAAUUUCACUUUGAGAAAUUUGGCCCUCUUGAGAGCGUAUCGUUGUCUCGAAAUAAGGAUCAUGCAUUUAUUCACUUUUGCCAUGUACGGGAUGCCGUGAAGGCAAGAGAAGCAACUCACGGUGCAACCCCAUGGGGAAAGGCACUGCAAGUAAAAUUUACUGAUGCUAAGGGAAGUCGUGGAAAUGGAGGUUCUGGGGUGACACCAGGAAGCAGCUGUCAUAUCUGGGUCGGGGGAAUUACAAGCCAAAACGCAAAGGAAGAGCUUUUGAAAGGUGUCUCCUCUGCGGGUUUAAAAGUUCCGCGCUCUGUCUUUGCGCUUGUAAGUGCGAGUGCUCUUUUACUUGAGUUUGAAGCAUCAGAAGAUGCUGAUGCUGUCAUGCUGCACGUCAGACAGCAAAGAAAAGAGGCAGCUGGUCUUCAGUCCUCGACUAAAGUGGGAGCAGAGCGAUUUCCUGCACCUCCUCCUCCAGGAACACCUUCAACUGCUGGAGUUUCAAGUUCCGUUUCUGGGGAGGGGUCAAAUGCUGGAAAUAGGCAUCUAUGGGUAGGCCGCGUCGAUCCACAGAUUCGUGAAGAAGAGUUACUGUCUUCCUUCUCAAAGUUUGGUGAUCUCACCGGUUGGAAGUUCAUCCGCUCAAGUGGAUGCUGCUUUAUUGAUUUCAGGCUCCCCGAAUCGGCUGCAGUUGCCAAGACGCAACUGAAUGGUUCGAGGUUCGGAAAUCAGUUCAUCAUUGUUGAGUAUAAAAAUACACCUCAUGUGAGAACAGCGUCUGUUCCUUUGCUGGGUUCUCCAACUUCCGCGUCCAGUACUCUUCAUAGUCCUGCAGUAAGUAGCUCGGUAAACAGGUACGGAGGAAGUUCUUCACUCACGGCAGCCUUGAACGCUCUCCAAAGCAAGUUGGCGGGAUGUUCUGGCUUAGGGAUGGUAGCUCCUGGCAGACCCAGAGGUGGUCGUGGAGUUGGUCGGGAGGCCACAGGGAGAGUCCCUACGAAUACAAUUUGGAUUGGACUGCCGGACGCGGUAGGACCCAACUUCAUGAACGACAUGGAGCUCAAGAACAUUUUUUCUCUAGCUUCGGCAGGAGUAGGGAGUGUAACGAAGGUGCGGAGUGCCCGCACGAGUCGCGGACCUUGUCGAUUUGUUGAGUUUGACCAUGUGGAUGCGGCCGCAGCUGCUCUCCGAAAUGUUUCAGGGAGACUUGAUCCCUGCAUACAAAUUGAGUUCAGCAACUCAGCCAUAUCUCUGCAACAAAACGAGAAUCCAAGCAUGCAUACGCAUCCCACCGGUGGACACUCACAAAUGUCAUUGGAUGACAUUCGACGACGAGCGUGGGACUAUCAACGGGAGAAAGACCGAUCUCAUCCUCAUCCUCGGACUAAGGACCAGGAGACAGAUGAUGUGGCAUCUUCAUCAACUCCAAAUGAUCAUGAAGAAACGCUGACUCCUAAUGUUGAAGGUCGUCCAUCACAGGUACCUGUUUGGGGUGGAAUUUCUGAAAAGGAGGUUCAGGAUGAGGGAUUGCGCAGGGAGGCCCGGUCGCAGGGUGAGGGUGCUGCCGAUCAUAGGGAGGAGGUUCCAAAAGUCGAAACCGGGACACCUAGAUCAGAUUCAUCUUUUGGUGGUUUCCGAGGAUGCACAUCCGAUAUUACCAGCAGCUCGCAUGAAAGUCCAGUUCUCCCCGCCCAUAACCUCGUCGCUAAGCCUAAACCGGUUCUGGAGCAUCAGAAUUCCACCACAGGAUCACUCGUCAGACCCCCACUUCCACCACCUGGAGCAACCUUGGCUCCUUUUCCUCUUCCAAAACAUCCACCAUGGUCUCACCCGGAGAGAAUUAAUCCUACAAGUUCGUGGUCAGGUGGCCCGAUGACAGUUCCAUCUUCUCCUCUUAAUCAAGUGUCUCCGACUCCGGGUAUGAAAACUGUGUUGGGUGGACCACUCAUGCAAUGCAAUCUCCCGUAUGGAGGACCGAAGUUGGUGAAAGGUAGCCGAAGUGCGCAUCCUUUGUUACAGUCACCUGUCAACCCAGGACUUUGUAAUUUGCCAAUAUCUCAGUCUGUAGAGCAGCUAGUUCAACCACUAGACCAUCUAUCGCAACCUGGUCCGCUUUUCGAUCAUAUGGGACAUCCUUUGAAUCGGACGCAUCAGCCUCCUGUCCAUCAUAUCAUUCAACCUCUUCCUCUGGUACACCCUGUUCAUCAUUUGGAUCAAUUGAAUCCACCCCCACUCCCCCUUCUUCCACCCAUUUCACCGCCCCCUCCCCCACCUAGUGAGACACCCCCACCACCACCUCCUCCUCCUCCACCUAGUUCCCCUCCACCACCUCUUCCCCCACCACCGCCUGCGGAUUCUACUUCAGAGGUUGUUAUGGGCAGUAAUGGGUUGCACUCAACAGCAGAGCGGCACUGGCGUGGUCCAUUAUGUAAGAGCGGUAUGCAGUAUUGUGAAGUACUGGUAUUUCACGAAGACUCACCAGCUUGCCAUUACGAGCGAAAUUUACGGGAGCCUUUUGAAUGGCCUAAGGACCUCGAUGUAACGAAGCGAGCAGAUUUCAAGUCCGUCAAAACAUCCUUCACCUGUACUUCACCUGCCCAGCGAGAGGUUUGUCGGAUAUUCGUCUCACCUGGACCCGGAAAUUUUGAUGGGUUUCAGCAGUUUAUCGACUAUUUGAAACAAAGAGAUCGUGCUGGCGUUGUGAAGAUUGGUAGGGGAGAGAGUAUGUGGCCUCGAAUGCUCUACAUUCUUCCCUGGUCGUUAGAGACUUGUCAACUACUAGCUAUUUCUGCCCAGCCCUCAAACUGCUUAAUUGGGCUAGUACUACCGUCGUUAGCGACGUUUUAAAAGGCUCAUACUUAUGUUAGCUGAGAACUUGCUCUCCUACUGUACGUCAGUUAACGUAAAUGCUUUGUUACCCUUGAAAUUAAAUCGAGCGCUGGAAUUUGAGUGACAUGAUCAAGGCAAGGUGGGCUGUUAGUAGGGCUGUAAGUAUGCAAAGAAAAUUUUGGUGGAUCGCAAAAUGUAGGCAGUAUCUUAGGACAUCAAAUUGUGUUUCAGGUGAAUACAUGAAAGGAAUCACCUUCUCGAUGUGUUACAGACAUGGGGUCUAAAAUUAGGAAGGUAGUGGCGCACCUACUUGUAAACCAAACCCUCUCAAGUCUUUCGAGACACAGUAGCCUACAAUGAUCCUAAACUGACCCCAUUUGGGGCCGAAAACUGUAGGGUAGCGCUAGACCUAGACUUGUAGAGUAGAGUCAAAUUGACCCUUGUAUACAGAUAAUCUGAAAUGACAACGAUGCGUUAAAUUGGGCUCCAGUUGGCGCUCAUACUUUCAUUCGGGUAUCACGGACCUGAUUCCUUGGUCCAUCUCAACUGUGUUCAGUCUCUUGUAUAGUUAGG